AUAUUCUUCCUGCACCUUUCUUUAUUGAAGAAUCAAUAUUUCAAUAAUGAAAUUUUUUGCGGUAGCUGUUUUGUUUAUUCAAUUUGGUCUUCUUGAUGCCAGAUCUUCCACCCCAUUCAUUGUAGGGGGUUCGGAAUCCGCUAAAGGAAGAUGGCCGUGGCAAUUAUCUCUUCAAGUCAACCGAGGAGAGGGAGUCUUCGGGCAUUCCUGUGGAGCUGUUCUUAUCAAGGAAAAUUGGGUACUAACUGCUGGACACUGCCUUAUGCUUAACGAAGAAGAGCCAGAUGAUUAUUUACUUCGCGCUGGAGCUUUCAGAAUUGCCCCUGUUGGAGACGAGGAACAAACUCUUCACGUUGAGAAAAUCAUUAUUCAUCCUGAGUUUGAACUAAUCAAUCCCGGAUUACCUAAUGACAUUGCUUUAUUGAAAUUAAAAGAGAACGCUGACUUGGGCAAUCCUAAUAUUAACACUAUUAGCCUUCCUCCAAAUGAUUCUAACGACUUUGCCGGAAACAGUGAUUGUUGGAUCACUGGCUGGGGUAGAACUAGCGGAAAUGCAACUGGCGCAAGCCCAGUUCUUAUGGAAUUGAAUAUUCCAGUUUUGACAAACGAAGUAUGUGACGAUCGUUGGAGCGAUAAUAUCAUUGGUAUUGUUCAACCAAUCUUGGAUGAACAUAUUUGUGUAGGAGAUGACGCAGGAAACCUUAGCGCAUGUCAAGGUGACUCCGGAGGUCCUCUCUCUUGUCAAGUCAACGGCGAAUGGUUGGUUGCUGGAAUAACUUCAAGAGGAUUCCCAGAUUGCAAAGGCUAUCCCUCCGUUUACACAAGAACAUCAAAAUAUAUUCAAUGGGUAAACGAUACAAUUAACGAAUAA